AUGACUGUAGAUAUGGGCGAGGUGACUAGCGGCGUUCCUAAUCCCUCUACAACUGCUGUGCCGAAUCCGACGCCUGAUUCGGUGAAUCCGGAUCUUGAUCCUGCUUCUGGAGAUCAAGGGUUGCCUACCGCCGGCCAGAAGCGUCCUGCUGGGGACCAGGCUGGGGCUUCUACCAAGCGUCCCAAGAAGAAGAAAUCUUCUGGGGUGUCUUUCGAGGAGGCACCUCGGUUUGCUGCUUGGGCGGACGCGCAAAAUCCGCCUCGUCUUUCAAACGUCGCCAUUCUUCAUGCUUGCAUGGAGAAUAUUAUGAUAAAAGAGGACAUUGAGUCCAUUGAUCGCGAACAUGGCGAUAAUUUGGCUGAGUUCGCCUGUCUCGGCGGUUUUUCGGUGGUCCAGUCCAUCGCUGUUUUGGAGCGCCGCCGAAGGGAUGCGGUGGAUCAAUUGAAGAAACUCCAGAGAGAUUCCGAAUCCUGGCUCUCCGAGAAACAAAAGAUGGAGGAGGAGGCUGGCGAGGCGACCGGUCUGAUCCAACAGCUGAGGUCCUCCGUAUCUACCAAGACUCGGGAGAUUUCCGCUUUAGAGGCUCGGGUUCGAACUUUGUCCGAGGAAGUCGAGUCUCUACAAUCUUCUUCAGGUGCUCUCGCUAAGGAGAGGGAUGAUCUGAAGAAAGAAGAGGGGCGUCUCCGCCGGCGAUUGGGUGACUCUGGGAGCUUUUAUUCCCAAGUCAUGACUCAAUACCGGUUGGCGAUCGGGGCAAAGCUGCGGGAGCAGAAUCCUGGCGUCGAUCUUUCUGGAGUCAAUCAGUUGGAUCCUGCUUCUUUAGCGAAGGAGGUGAAGGCGAAGCUUGAUAAGCAGAAGCAAGACGCUUUGAAUAAGGCUUAGUUUUUAUUUUCUCCUUUUUGUAUU